AUGGUGUUCAGCCAUCGGAGCACUAAGUGCCCGUCAUACCCAAACCGCUGCAGAGAAGCUCACACCUCCAUCAGCACCAGCCCCUCCCCCUCAGCCUCUCUCCACCGCUCAGGUUGGAUUGUGCUGCCAGAACCUCCGCUUGCUCAUCGGGUCAGUAACAGGAUGGGGCUCCGCUGCAGAACCUCAGUCGUCCUGCUACUUCUUCUGUUACCAGGUUGCUUUUGUGCUCACGGCCGCUUUGCUCAGAAGCUUCUGAAUGACCUUUUCUCCAACUACACCAAUGCUCUGCGGCCGGUGGAGGACACGGACCACAUCAUCAACGUGACCCUGCAGAUCACCCUGUCCCAGAUCAUCGACAUGGAUGAAAGGAACCAGAUCCUCAGCACCUACCUGUGGGUCCGCCAGGUGUGGAUGGACGCCUUCCUGAUCUGGAGGAAGGAGGACUACGAUGGCCUGGACGCCAUCCGGAUACCUAGCAGCUAUGUCUGGAGGCCUGACAUCGUCCUCUAUAACAGCGCAGACGAUGAGUUCUCCAGCUCCAUGGAGACCAACGUCGUCCUCCGUAAUGAUGGACAGGUGACAUGGGACCAACCGGCCAUCACCAAGAGUUCUUGCUCGGUAGAUGUGGCCUUCUUCCCCUUCGAUGUGCAACAGUGCCACCUGACCUUCGGCUCCUGGACUCAUAAUGGGAACCAGAUGGACCUCUCCAAUGCCUUGGACAGUGCUGAUCUGGCUGAUUUUGUCCCAAACGUAGAGUGGGAGGUUCUGGGAAUGCCAGCCAAGAAGAAUGUCAUCCUGUACGGCUGCUGCUCAGACCCGUACCCAGACAUCACCUUCACGCUCCACUUGAAGAGACGUGCCUCCUUCUACAUCUUCAACCUCCUCAUCCCCUGCAUGAUGAUCUCCUUCCUGGCUCCACUGGGCUUCUACCUGCCGGCGGACUCUGGAGAGAAGGUUUCUCUGGGUGUGACGGUGCUGCUGGCGCUCACCGUGUUCCAGCUGCUGGUGGCUGAGAGCAUGCCACCGUCUGAGAGCGUCCCACUCAUCGGGAAGUACUACAUCGCCACCAUGACGAUGGUCACUGCAUCCACAGCGCUCACCAUCUUCAUCAUGAACAUCCACCACUGCGGCCCUGAGGCCCGCCCGGUCCCAAAAUGGGCCGAGUGUCUAAUCCUGAAGUUCCUUGCUAAAAUCUGCUGCGUCAACGAGGUCGGAGAGAGCUGCCUUGGAAGUUCAUCCAGGAAACAACCAUUAUCUCAGGAGGAGUCAGACGAGCAGGACUCAGGCGGCGGAAGAGGAGCAAAUUGGGAUGUUAAUGGCCAAGCAUGGGGAGGAAGGGUGGAGGAGGGUGAGACCAAGCAGACUGUCUGGAAGGAAGAUCUGUUCGUCACCGUCGACCACUCUGACGAGAAGGAGGCCACUGGGAGGAGAGAGGAGGAAGAGGAGCACUCCCACAUUGACCAUGAGGGAAGAAGAGGAGCGUACGUUGAGGAGAAGAAAGGUGUUGGAGGUGCAGUUGAGGAGAACCGCAGGGAGAUCUGGGUGAGAACCAAAUGUGUGUGCCAACACCAGCGUCUGCUGAAGAACGUGGAGUACAUCGCCAUGUCGUACCAAGACCAGCGGACGGCGCAGGUCCGCAUCUCAGAGUGGAGGAAGGUCGCCAAGGUGAUGGAUCGCUUCUUCAUGUGGCUCUUCUUCAUCAUGUUCUUCCUCAUGAGCAUCGUGAUCCUGGGAAAGGCCCUGUGAUUAAGAACAUCUGGACGCUCACGUUGCUCACGUUUUUGUUUGUUCUUCACAGCUUCACUAAACUGAUGAUGAAGCUACAUCAUCAUCAACAUUUUAAGCAGACAUUUUUGGUCAGGUUCCUGAAGGCAAGGCUCGAAUAAAUAUCCAGGAAGCAAACUGAUCCCAUGAGAGGUUUGGACACCAGGGUCCAAUAAGGCUGGUUCUGUCUGGCUCUCCAUCUUGUCUGGAGAAGAAAUAGGUCUUUAUGAAUAGUAAAAAAUAAUCAGAAUAAGUGAAUCUUGACAAAUGAAGUUUGAAAUCAUGAAAUCAUCUUCAGAAACAACAAACCAGAUUCUUUUAGGUCUGUAAAGUAAAGCUCUGUGUUUACAUCUUUAACCCUCUUUAGGGCAAGUUACCGUUUUAAUCACUUGCAUACCCUUUACAAAUGGAGUCCCUAUCCGUCAGAGAAGUCUACAAAGAUAUUUAUAUCCCAUCAUCCAGUAAAGAUAAUGCUACCUGGCUGUUAAACAUGUUAUUUCAGCGUUUUAACAAUUAGAUGACCUCAUGAAUUAUAUAUUACCUACUAUAAAUUAAGUGAAAAAAGUUAACAAAUUAAGAAAAAAAAAAAUAAAAAGCCAAUUGAAACCUUAAAAACAAUAAACUAAGUUAAAAAGGUGAGAUAUUUAAGUGGUUUUAUUGGCAAUAAUGCUCUAAGGCGGAGGUCUUCAACAGGGGGUCCGCGACUCCUAGGGGGUCCAUGGAGGUACUGCAUGGGGGUUGCUAAAAUUCUGGUAGAUUGGACUGCAAUUUUUUCCACUAAUUGAAAUGUCUUUAAAUCCACAUUAACAUGAACGUAAACACAGUGUAGUAAACUGAUAAAUGACACAGAAGAUGUAUUUCAUUCAUCAAUGCACACAUUCAGUGACACACAGGAGCUCUUUCAAGCUGGGCACCGUUUCAUUCACAACACCUGUCCCAUCAACCAGGAAUCGGAAUCAGAACAUUACCCCAUCUGGAAUAGAGUGACUAUAGGACCAGUUUGAUAUAACACAGUUUUAUACAAUAUAUAUAAAAUUAGGGGGUCCCCGCUCCAUCUCACCAUCAGUUUGGGGGUCCUUGGCCUGGAAAUCCCCCUGCUCUAAGGCUAUGUGUAGCAAAUAAAAAAAAGUCUUCCACUCAGUGAAUGCUUUUCAUUAAUUUCUUAUAGAAGGACUUUUGUUAUUUUUCCUAAUAUAUCAGGGCAAAUUGCCAUUUCUUGUUAUAACAUUGAACUUCAUUUUUACCAUCAAAGUAUACAUAUUUUUUUUUAAUGUUACAAAAGUAAUAAGGUCUUGUCCUGUCCUCCAAUAACACUUGACCUGAAAUUUAGAUUCUCCAAGUAUUUCACUUAGUGCCGUAUAAAGAGUUAAGCUUUCUCUUCCCUGAUUCUUUCCUGCAAAGACAUCACUCUGAGCAAACACUUCAAAGAACACUUCAUAAUGUAUAUUAAAUAUCCAUGAGACAUGACAACAGAUUUCACAUAAUUGCAAUCUUACUCAGACCACAGAGGUUGCUCUGGGCUCGCUUCUUC